AUGGCGACAACCUUCCACGCUGAUACGCUAGACAUGGGCUCCGACGACCCCGGCGCCGAGCUCCAUGCGCUGGGUGUUGCUUCGUUCCCGUUCGGUAUUUUCGAUUCGACUGGGGCUUCAGGUUGGGCAGAUCCCGGCCGAAGAGGGCAUGAUGCGAGAUUUCUCUCCUCGUUCGAAAACACAGGCGACACUUGCCUCCCGCCCGAGCACGCCCAGGUGUCUUCCUCAGGCGCGCUCUACCAGGACGGCGGUUACAACUCAUUUCUCCAUUCCGUUCCGUCUUCGAACUACCCCCAGGCGUUUCAUUCCGACGCAUCUGCUUUCUCCGACACGGGGGGGAACAGCACGACAAACGCGGAUUAUGACGCGCCGGGCGCGCGACCUGAACAGACGGAAGAACGACACGGGGACAGCAGCGACAUGUCUUCCACGCAUCAGCCGUGCGGAUCGAGCCACUACGCAGCAGCCCCGGAGAGUCCGCUCCAGCCCUCCUGGUUUCCAAACCAGAUGAUGAGUCCAGCUGACUCGUCUCACGCGUACGCGUACCACGAGGCGCCGUCCCACGGGGAAGCUACCAGUUUCUCUGAUGCACCCGCAGGGAGAAUGGCGAACGCUGGAGGCUGCGAGAGCCUGGGUGGCGCAGCGCCGACGUCUCAGGUCGAUUCCGCAGCAGUUGGAGAACACUUUUCUUCUUACGCUGCGCCACACUACGCGCGGACGGCCGCGGCUCCCCGCCACCCGUUUGCCCAGGAAGGCUGCGGCCUGGAGGAGUCGAGUGCCUCGCCAGCCACUUGCGCGUCGGCGCCCUCUCAUCUGGUGGAGGACAGAGACAGAGAUGAGCAGAGCAAAGCUGCGACACAACAGACCAGCACGAAAAAGCGGAAUCGAAGGCGAAAACGCGGAGGAGCCGAUUCAGAGGAGGACGUUGAUGGCGAGAAAACAAAAGCCGGUAGCCAAAGCGCGGAUACGGGGAACGCGUGCAGCGAGAGUCUGGCAUCAGCGCCGAACUCGGUCACCGCGGCAGCUGAGGAGAUCUACUCCACAUGUCAGCUGGCCGAGUCUCUGAAACGCAGGAGGAUGUCACAGUCGCUGUCACCGUUGUGUCUCAGCGAAGAUGCGGAGAGGGCGAAGGCAAGGGCCUCACCAUAUUCACUCGCUGAGAAUGACGAGCAGGGUCCCACGUCUUUUUCGCCGUUUCCUGUGCCGCCUUCGUCCUGCAUGCCGGUUCAAAUGGAGCCGCAAGGCGAAAGACUGCAGAACGAUGGGCCGCGAGAUGGUCGGAGCAUGAGCCUGGCGCCAGAUACGGUGACACGGAGCUUCCCGCUGGCUGCCCUUCGCCUUGGAAUGAACAGCCAGGAGAGCUUCGUGUCAUCUUCGGGAGUUGAGUGCUGUUCAGACGGCUACACGCUAUCGCGGAAGCCAACGGAAAGCACGACUCAUCCGAGCUUUUCUUCCUCGUCUUCCCAGUCCUACAGUCCGCCUAUCUCUUCAGGCCGCGGCAGUCCCCAUCUGGAGCCCAAGCCAGCGCCCGCGAUUUCGUCGGAGGAGGAACGCGAAAGGUCAGAAGACGAGAAAACUCUCUUCAGUUUUACGCUGCCCCCUCGAGAAGCAGAAGCGCAUGGCCGAGAGCCAGACAGGGGUUUGUCGCCUCUGCCUCCAUCUGCCCUAGCGCAGGCGAAUGCCGGCGGAGUCGCUCCUCAGCAGGGCGGCGUAACGGGUGCACAGGACGCGGGACUGGACUGCAGUUCCCAGUCGCCCUCAAAACGAUUGGUGAAGCGCCUCGACCCAGCAAGAGAAGACGAAAGCACGAAGAAGGUCGCGGCUCGGGCCAACCGCGCUCCCACGAAAAAGAAGGCGACCGCGAAAGGCGAGGAAGCGGACGGAAAGGGGCUCAACGAAGAGCCCGCGACUCCCGUGAAGCGCAAACGUGGCCCGCCGCAACCGGCGAAAAUGUACUUUCACAAGAAGAAGGAGGCUUGGCGGGCCGAAGUGCUCAUCGACGGCACAAAGAGGCAAAAGAGCUUUUCAUGCAAAGUGUACGGCGAGCCGCGAGCGCGGCUGCUAUGCGAGUGGGCGCGCCGCUUCGCCCGCGAUUUCGGUCGCCUGCCGUCUGACCAGGAUGUGGCCAACUACAUGCCGUGCCUCGCCGACUGCCCACCGCCAGCUCCACGGGGCGCAGCUGCUGCCGGAGGCUCCAAGGGGCCAGACUCGGCGGUGGCGAACGGUGAGUUCGGAAGCGGCUCUCAGCAUGCUUCUGCAGCGCCGUCCUACUCGCCCGUCUACGCGCCUGCUCACGGCGAUGGAGUGCAUCGCCUGGGUCCGUACGGCGCCGGUGAGUACUCUUCGUUCUCCCACGCGCACGGGCCAGCAGGGCAGGCGAUCGGGGGGCAGCAGGCGGCCCCUAGCCAGGUCAGCGAGGAGGCUCACGCGCAGUUCUUUGGCGGCGGCAACGGAGGCCAGCCGCCAUCGCAGACGAGCUACCCGUUUUACGUGGACAGCCAGGGCGGGCAGUCCGGUCCCGUCGUCCCCUGCGCCUCGCAGAACACGAGGUGGGAGGCAGAGACCCGCGACUGGGAGCACCUUCAGGGCGGCGCGCGGGGAGGCGAGGGCGCCCACAGCGACAUGCAGACUUCGCGGUACAUGCAGCCUCCGCACGGUUGGUUCGACUGUCAUCAGCUGCCUUCGUAUCCGCCGCAGUUCCGGCCGCAGCAGGCCCCCCAGCCCUACUACCCGACGCAACAGGGCGCUCCCGGCGACGGCCAUGGCCACCCCUCUGCAGCUUCCGGGGAGUCAGCGGACUCCAUGUCUGCUGCGGGUUGCGCGCCUAGCCAGCAGCUCGCCUGGGAAGAGGAGCGGCGACGCGCGAAUAGCCACGGGGCUUUUCAGAGCUUUGCCAGCGCCCAGCCGUCUCGUGAGUUUGAUCUGCAGGCGUCUGGCGCGCGUGGGCGAGAGGACGAGGCGCAGAGACGGUUUGGCUUUCGGGAGGAGGACCACGGACAUGGAGCUGUAGGGUCCGUCAGAGAGAAACUGAGAGACGGGGGUGAGGACAUCGCACCCUCUGCUGCUCAUCACUUUUGCUUUCAGCCCCAUCCGCCUGGCGGUUUCUACGCGCAGCGCGCAGCCGGCGCAGAGCGUGACAGCGAGAAUGUGUGCAGAGAGGACACGGGGCAAAUACACGAGAUGAGAUUUGAUGCCUAUCGACGUGGACCGCUUCCUCAAGAGGUGCUGGCAGGCGACACCUCCAGGGACGCGUUCGACAGAUUUGCGCCUCCGCAUCCGGCAGGAGUGUCCUCCGGGCCCUCGUUUGGCCCCAGUACUUCAUCGACGCCUUCGCAGCACUCGACGCCCUCGCCGCUCCCGUCGUCUCUUCCUGCCGCAGGCCCCGCGCACCCAACCUUCUCGCAUCAGUCUUCCGACGAGUCGCUGCGCUGCAUGCCGCAGCACCCGUCGUUCUGCGAGGCGUCUCGGCCUGACUCGCCGCGCAGGACCUUUCAGCUGUCCUCGCCGCCUUCGCCCUUUUCUUCGUCGACGUGUGCGGGAACGAACGCCGGGUCCUUCCCGUCCUCCUCGGUCGCGGGCAUGGGAACCGCACCCCCCGUAGCCCCGGCCCCCGCUGGCGAGCAGUCCUUCUGUGCCUUUCCUUCACCGUUCAUCUCCGACGGACCUCUUCCCCCGUUCCCGCUCCCGUACGGCCUGGGCGAGGAGAAUGUGUUUUCUGGGCAUCCUUCUUCCUGUUUCGGAAUGCCGGCGCAGUCUUCCCCGGCGCCUCAGCCACCUUCGUCUGCUUUGCCCUCCUUCGCCCCUCAAGGCUCUUCAGGGUCGUCGCUGCCAUAUGGCUACUCCAACCUUUCGGGGUCGUAUGCGCCGGCGCCAGGGAGCCAGUUCCAGGCGACCGUCCCGGGGAUGUACUGCCAUCCAUUUCUCUCGUCCGCUCAAGCCCCGUCGACAGUCUUCUCGCCGCCUCCAAAUGCCCUCCCGUCGUACGCCGGCGACUCGUCCUUCCUCGCCUCGGUGCCCGCAGCCUGCGGCGAGGCCUCGUCGGCCUUCAAUCCGCGCCCUCUCCUGGGCGCAGUGGAGCUUGCGGCCGACGUGGCUGCGGCCUCGCUGUCGACGUUGGAGAAGCGCGCCUUUGACCUCCUCUCUCAGACGCUGCAGGAGUUGAGGGCUGCGAGCGCGUCCUCCUUCCCAGCUUUCCCGCUGUCGGGGGCAGACAGCGGCCUGCGCGCGUCUUCGUUUCGCGUGCCGCUGCCCCUGCUCCACUCAACAAACACGCUUUUGAACCAGUUGGAAGACCCCUUCUCGGGGUUCUCUCUCGAUCCCUGGGGGCGCCCGUUGCCGUCCGCGGUCCUGCCCGCGACCAGCGACUACCAGCGACAUGCGGCGGCGGCGGCGCCUUCUCCGGUCUCCGCGUCGAGCGAUGCGAACGCGGCCUCCGGCAGCGCGGGUCGGGCCACCUACUACGUGCUGGACAGCUCGCGGUCGGGCGGAUGCUUCCAGACGGCGACGACCGAUGAAGGUGCGGCUGGGCUUCACGCCAAGGGCCUCGGGGAGCUUCCGUCGGGGGGGUGUUCGCGAGAAGCCAGCGUGGUGGGGGGAGGCGAAGGCGACAGAAGUGAGCGCGAUACGAACUCGUCGUCCCCUGCGCAAGAGCAAGAGUCCUUGCCACGGUGCCGCUCGGGUUCCUCGGGCGAGGGCGUCUUCAGCGUCGCGACGACUCAGGAGGGCGAGGAGGAUAACCGGAAGAAGAGCGGCGUUUUCGAGGACGUCGAGGGGUUCAGCGCGUUCGUUCAAAAGAGAAGGGAAAUGAAUAUCGCGGCUGGCGCGCGCUUCGAUGAGCUUGACGGCCUCAAGACGCUCACCCGACCGCGUGGCGGACGAAUGAAGAGAUUCAACGUCGGGAAGAAACCAUUCAGUGGAGUCCGAGGGAUCUACUUCCAACAGGGAGCCUGGAAGGUUCGGUACCGAGGCGAUCAAGAGGAGGUCCUGAAGGUCUUCCCGUAUACUCAUGGAGACUUGGAGAGCAUGUGGACGCAGUUCGCUCUUGCGCGUCAGUUCCUCCGGCAGGUCAUCGCGAAGGGUCGCCAGCUGCAUGACAGCGACGGCGAGGGCCUGUCUGACGAAGACCCUGCGUGGCUGCAUCGGCAGGGCCUGACGCAGGCGAGCUGCGUCACGCGGGGCCGCGCGCGACGCGGGGGCCCGGGGUCGUCUCGGUCUUCUUCGCUUUCCUCCUCUCAGGCGCGCUCGCGUCUGAGUUUGUAUCGAGAGGCCUUUUCGUCGGAGGCAGCAUCCGGGUACUCUCUGCGCGCGCGUCGCCACGAGGCGGGGGCUGUCUGCGUGGCGGGCGGCUUCAGCGACGCGGCGCACCACGUCGACGGCCACUCGCUCUCAUCCUCAGAAUGUGCGUCGUUUCCUUCGCGCGGCGCGUCGCAUGCGGAGAGCGCUCUCUGGGGGGAGUCUUCCGGGCGAACGCAUGGGCGUCGUAGCGCCGACGCUCCCGGCGACCCGUGCGUCUUCUUCACGGCUUCGCCUCGCUGCAGGCGCACGCAGAGUGCGAGCAGCGCCCGGCGGCUCGAAAGGGGGGCAGGUGAGAGUCAACGGCCGCUGACGGCUAAGGAGUUUUUCGGUUCGCUCUUCCGCCCUGCUCUCUUCGGCCCCAGCAGCGAGAGGUGGGGGGCGCGAACUGAGCAAGCACGCGCGGAGGCGGAUGGACUGGCGCGGCAGCGCGCGGCGUGGAACGGGGCGGCCGAAGCUGGCGAGCUGCGCGACGGGCUCCGGCACCAGCGAGGCUGCCUGUCUGCUGCGCGGGGCCAGGCGGGAAGCGACGUGACGCUUAGCAUCAGUGGCGGAGACGGUUCACGGGCGACGGGGAGCAGAGCGCCCAUGGGCGAGGCGCGCGAGGAGGGCGGCGCUUGUGGCGAGUGCGUGCGGGAGACGGGCGAGGAGGUGGACGCUGGUGGCGCCUCAGGGGGCGGCGCACGUGGAGUCGUCGACCUGUACCCCUCGCCUGCAGCCUCGCUCGCCCCUUCGGCGUCUUGGGUCUUCGAGAAGACCUCCGCGGCGGAGGCGGAGACGGCAGCUCCGCGCGAAGGAGAGCCGUCGCCUGUGGCUGAAACUGCGGAUGCCGCCGCGGCGCACGACUACCCGCCUGUGGAGUGCACUUUUUCCAGUGGCGUGGCGGGCUUGUCGCGCGAGAAGGAGUUUGAGGUGCUGACUUCGUACGCCUGGGACGUGCCGAGGCGGUACCUGGGCGGGGGCGCGAGGCCCGAGUGGGGGGCGCUGCCCAACCUUCCGCUGCUUCUGCAUGACCGACACGAGCGCCUGCUGACGACCUCCUUCGGCUCGAGCGACUCGCCGCUCUCGGCCUUCUCCGCGGCUCUCAGGGCCCCAGGGCCCGGCGGCAGCGCAGGCGCGUCGGAAGCUCUCGCCUCUGGAGGCCUGGACGUUGGGCCGUGGAUUCCGCUGUUCUAG